CGCCGUUUGUGUAUAUGUGGGUUUGUGAUGGAGGAAGCGGGGUCUCCGGCGCACGGUCGCGGUGGUCCAGCGGGGCUGUCCGGUACACCAGGGGAUCCAGCGGGGCUGUCUGCCGUCCGGACCGAGACCAUAGAGACUCUGACGGAACUGGAAGACCUGGAGCGCGUGUAUGCGCAGCUGUGCGCUGAGGAGGCGGAUGUGCAGAGACAAUUGGAGACCCUUGCUGGGCAGCAGAGUAACAUCGAAACUAAGAUGCUGGUUCUCCAGAGAAUGGGGCCUAACCUGCAGCUGAUUGAGGGUGAUGCUGAACAGUUGUCUGGUAUGAUCAACUUCACUUGCAGUCUGGCAGAGAAUGUGAGCAGCAAAGUCAGACAGCUGGACCUUACCAAGCAAAGGCUGUACCAAGCAAUCCAGCGUGCAGACGAUAUUCUGGAUCUGAAGUUCUGCACAGAUGGAGUCCAGACUGCCAUGCGUAACCAGGACUACGAGCAAGCAGCUGCACACAUUCACCGAUACCUCUCCCUCGACCAAUCAGUGAUUGAGCUGAGCAGACAGGGUGGAGAGAGCACUGCAGUGGAUGCCAGUCUUGCUCUGCUGCAGGAGGCGGAGCUAAAUUUGAAAGCUCUGGUUACUAAGCGAUUAGAGGAGGCAGUUGCUACAAGCGACCUGCCUCAAGUGGAGCGCUUCUUUAAAAUUCUCCCCCUGCUUGGACUCCAUGAGCAAGGACUUGCCCAGUUCUCCCAGUAUCUCUGCAGCCAGUUGGCGUGUAAAGCUGAGCAGAAUCUGCUGGUGGCAUCGGGCUCUGACGUGAGCGAGCGCCGGGCUCCCGUGGUCUACGCCGACACCCUCACGCUGCUGUUGGAGGGCAUCGCUCGGAUUGUGGAGACUCACCAGCCUAUUGUGGAGACGUACUACGGCCCGGGACACCUCUACUGCCUCCUUACACACCUUCAGAGAGAGUGUGAUGCGCAGGCACAGAAAGUGGUGGACAAGUUCAUUCAGCAGCGAGACUAUCGCAACAAGUUCCAGGUUGUGCAGGGCAGCAUAAUGAGGGUGGGGCCUGCUGAGAAGAUUGAGCCCAGAGAGCUGGAUCCAGUGUUGUGUGAGGUCACCCUGAUGAACUCCAGAGCUGAGCUGUACCUGCGUUUUUUAAGGCGCCGCAUUGCAGCAGAUUUUGAGGUCAUAGAUGCAGCAGCCCCAGAGUCACUUGUUUCUGAACACCAGCAGAGUUUGGAGCGCCUGCUGAAAGACUGUCAGCUCAGUCGCACCAUGCAGGAGCUGAUUGGCUUCUACAUCCCCAUGGAGGAGUACUACAUGAGAGAGACUGUCAAUAAGGCGGUCGCCAUGGACACAGCAGAGGUGGGUCAGCUGAGUUCCAGCAUGGUGGAUGAUGUGUUCUAUAUCGUGAAGAAGUGCAUCAGCAGAGCUCUGGCCAGCGGCAGCUCGGACUGCGUGUGUGCCAUGAUUAACCACGCCAUUAGCGUCCUGGAGACAGACUUCAGGGAGGUGCUGGUGUGUAAGCUGCGUGCAGGUUACCCAGCCAGUGCGCUGCAUGACCUGCAGCGAGGGGUCAGCAGUGCUGUCAGUCUGAUGCAGAGCAGCUUACAGCAUGGAAAGAUUCAGACCCUGGGCAUCGAGAGCCAAGAACAGGCCAAGAGCACCUACCUGGUGACUUUGAAUAACGUGGAAAUGUGCAGUGAGAAUAUCAGCACUCUCAAAAAGAACCUGGAGAGUGAUUGUGCCAGGCUGUUCAGUCAGGGGGUGGGUUCAGAACAUGCUCAGGCCAAGAUUGACAGCUGUCUCUCAGAUUUGGUGAAUACUUCCAGCAAGUUCAAAGAUCUCCUCCAGGAGGGCCUUCAGGAUCUGAAUAAUACAGCGAUCAAGCCACAGGUGAAACCCUGGAUUACCAACUUCCUGUCAGUCUCACAUAAUAUUGAAGAGGGAGAGUUCAGCGAGUACGAGGCCAACGACCCCUGGGUUCAGCAGCUUGUGGUGCAGCUUGAACAGCUCAUGUCUGAGUUUAAGGCCAGUCUGUCUCCACUGAUCUAUGAUACUUUAACUAGCCUGAUGACCAGUCUUAUCGCCAUGGAGAUGGAGAAGACUGUUUUUAAGUGUACAUUCAGCAGGCUGGGGGGGCUGCAGUUCGAUAAGGAGUUGCGUUCACUGGUUGCAUAUCUGUCCUCCGUCACCUCCUGGACCAUCCGGGAUAAAUUUGCACGUCUUACUCAGAUGGCAACGAUUCUGAACCUGGAGCGGGUAUCGGAGAUCCUGGAUUACUGGGGGCCAAACUCAGGACCCCUCACCUGGCGUCUCACGCCUGCCGAGGUCCGACAGGUUCUGGCACUCCGAGUAGACUUCCGUAAUGAGGACAUCAAGAGACUCCGUCUUUAAUAUACACAAACACACAUACGUGUGCAUGCACACACACUUACUGACCAGUCAUGUAGGACACUGUCACCUAGCCCUGUUGUUUGAACUUUAGUAUAGGUGAAAGGGUUAAAUCAUGGGAUCCUUCUUUGUAGAUUUGUGUACAGACUUUGCCUAAAAGAUUCUGUCUUUUGAGUAAAUAAAUUGCUACUGUUUUUACUGAUAA